AUGAAUCAAGUUAAUUACAAAUUUCCUAAUAAUGAAAGUGCUUUUUCUUGUGACGAUUUAAAGAUCAAAAAGGGAGAACUUGUUUGUGUUCUUGGUUCUGUAGGAAGUGGUAAAACAUUUAUUAUUUUAUCACUACUUAAUAAACUGGAGAAGUCAACUGGAGAAGUUGCACUCAAUGGAAAAAUCACGUACACAAGUCAAACACCUUGGAUGAUGAAUGCAACAGUCAAAGAAAAUAUUUGCUUCUUAACUCCAUAUGAGAAGAAUCGAUAUAAACAAGCAGUGAAUGAUGCUUGUUUGGUGUCCGAUGUUGAUAACUUUGUAGGUGGAGAUUCGUAUUUAAUAGCCGAAAAGGGCGCCAAUUCAUCUGGGGGACAAAGACAACGAAUAAAUAUAGCAAGAACAUUAUAUGACCCCAAAGAUAUUGUUUUGAUGGACGACCCACUCAGUGCAGUCGACUUCAAAGUUGGGACAUACAUAUUUGAAAAUGCCAUUCAAAAACACUUAAGCGAAAAGACCAGGAUAGUAAUUACAAAUCAGACCUACUUUUUAGAAAAGGCAGACAGAAUUCUGGUCAGAUACAAAAACCAUUUGGUGUUCAAUGGUUCUUUAAAAGAGCUCAAAAAGUCGAACAUUCCAGCUUCUGAAUUUGUAAAGACUUUAAGUCAAAAAGUUGAGAAAGAAGAGUUUGAAAACGAAGAAAUUAUCACUUCUGAUGCAUCUUGCACAAAAAUCAGAGAAGAGAAAAGAGAAGUUGGAAAAGUACCAAUGAAUGUGUAUUGGCAAUAUAUAAAGUCUGGAUCUUACAUGAUGUUUGUACUUAUGUGGCUGUGUUUAGCUGGUAGAAUUUGUGCACUUUAUUAUUACAACAGUUACUUAACGUUGUGGGGAAAAUCGAUUGAAACCAACAACGAAUCUCAACAAGGUGACACUCGAGUGUUUAAAAUUUUUUGUUAUUCAUUUGUAGGAGAUAUUGGGAGUAUAUUUAUCAGUGAAGAAGUCAAUAUUUUUUUCUGUGUUUUUGUAUCACUUGGCCUUCACAAGAAAUUGGUUCACAAAUUAAUGAAAUGCAAAUUGGGGUUUUUCGAUGUGACACCAAUGGGAAGAAUUGUGAACUAUUUUUCAAGUGAUUUUCAAAACAUUGAUUACUCAAUUCCACAGACGUGCGAGAUGUUAAUGGUAAAUAUUACAAAUGUAGUAAUUGUUUCUAUUACCAUUUGUAAAGCAUCAAUUUAUUUAAUAGUCUUAGUGUUGGUGAUCGUCAUCAUUUUCAUAUUUAUAUAUCUCUUUGUCUCUAAAUCAAUUAUUGAAUUACAAAGACUUGAAGGUAUUACAAGAGCUCCCAUUUUUGUGCAUUAUGACCAAACUCUCCUCGGACUUUCAACUAUUCGGUCAGCAAAUGGUCAAGACCAUUUUAAAAAUAAAUUAGUAGAAAAAAUGAAGAAUAACACAACUACUUUAUAUCUUACUAAAAUGGCGAAAUUGUAUUUCAGUCAAAGAAUGGACUUUUUGAGUGUAUUUAUUUGCUUUGUUACUGUUGGAGUACUGGUUGUUACUAAAUUACAACGCACAAUGGACGCUUCUAUAGCUGGAACCGCGUUAACAAACAUUUGUAAUAUUCCAAAUACUAUUGGUGUGUUUUCAAGAGCCAUCAUUGGCAUAGAGACUGAUAUGCAAUCCACUGAAAGAGUCCUUCAAUUAAACAAAUUAAGAGAAGAAGAAUCUGAAAGUAUUAAAGCUAAUUAUGUUAUACCACCAAAAACGUGGCCUUCAAUUGGUUCCGUUGAAUUUAUCGAUUUCAAAGUUAAAUAUCGACGAGGACUUCCAAUGAUAUUAAAAGGUAUAAAUGCAAAAAUAGAGUCAAAAGAAAAAAUUGAAAUUGCGGGACGUACAGGGAGCGGGAAAUCUACUCUGAUGGCAGGAAUCCUACGAAUUAAGGAAGCUUACUCUGGUCAAAUAAAAAUUGAUGGAAUUGACAUUUCUACAAUUCCACUUGAUAUAUUACGAAAACAAAUUUGUAUUUUACCACAAGAAGCUACUUUGUUUAGUGGGUCUUUAAAAUACAAUUUAGAUCCAAGAUACGAAAUGACAGACGAAAAAUUAAAGAACGUGUUAAAUAAAGUUGAAUGUACAAAUGGACUUCAUGAUCGAGUGGCAGAAGGAGGGGAUAAUUUUCUUUGGGUCAAAGACAAUUAA